UUUCCCUGAACUAGUCACAAAAAUAGUAGAGAGUGAAAGAUUCGUGAGAGUGCGAUAUCCUCCUGGUUUAAGCUGGAAUCUUUGGGGGUUUAUCAAAAUGCUUCAAAUCAGAGUAAUUUUGAUUCUUUCUUUACUGAUUCAGAUUGAAUCUUUUGUAUUCAACCUUGAAUCAGGUCGAACAAAAUGUAUCUCUGAAGAUCUAUACAUCAACUCAGUAACUCAUGCUCAUUACUUCAUCAAUGGCACUGCUUCUCACAAUUACAAGAUCUCUGCUAGAGUGAGUGAUCCAGAUGGGGAAAGCUUACAUUAUGCUGAAAGUGUUGAAAAGGGGGAAUUUGCAUUUACUGCAACUAAAAAUGGAGAACAUAAUGUUUGUUUUUGGUCUCCAUAUUUUGAUCCUUCGGUUCCGCCUAUACCUAUCGAGUUUGAAUGGAGAACAGGCGUGGCUAUGAAACAACAAAUCAGUAAUUCCAUUCUCAGGAAAGACAAAAUCAGUUUCACUGAACUAGAAUUGAAAAAGCUGGAGGAAUGGAUCCUAUCUAUCCAUGAAAGCAUGAAGAACCUUAGAGAAAGGGAGGAGGAAAUGCAGAUGCUUAACCAAUCAACCAACUCAAGAAUGGCCUUGCUGAGUAUGUUAUCGUUGUUUGUUUGCUUGGGUGUUGCUGAUCUGCAAUUAUGGCAUUUAAAGACUUUCUUUGAAAGAAAAAAAGUUAUUUGAAUGGGCUUCGCUGAAAGGUUGUAGCAUUGUAGCUGAGUACGUUUCUCUCUAUUCUUCGAUUGCCUUGGGUGCUCUUCAUUACUUUCUCUCUAUUCAUCGAUUACCUUGGUUUUGUCUCUUCAGAUGUUUGAUCACUUUCUGAUUAGUAUGAAAAAAAAAAUUGUACAUGAAUUACAUAUAUACAUCACUCACUCAAUGGAUUAGUGGGAUGCUCCAUCUAUGUAAAUUUGUUAUAAACAUAGAUUUACUUUUUGUACAUUGCCAUAUGCAGUGUGGUUGUUUCAAUGCAAAUUGAUGGUUAUGAUCUUCUAAUGUUGUUUCGCUUGG